AUGAUGAAGAACCUCAUCACCUUGCUGUGGCUCAGUGUGACUGUUAUCGUCGCCAAUCCUAUCAUUGCUAAUGGUAUAUCCAAGCGGGACGCCGGGCUCUUUGAGCGUGAAACUGAUGCAUAUUGCGGAUUGCUUUGGGGUAUCGAAAACUUUGCAAAAUCUGAGUUUGUUUUGCUACUAACAAUACCCUCAGAUCCCUGUGCUCAAAAACCGGUGGAUACUUGCUGUCCUGAUUAUAGAUGUACAAAAUACUCCUGCCAUAUCUUCGCGACUUGCCUUCAUUGUGAAUUCUUCGGGAAGAAAGAUUCAGUAUCCGAUGGCUCCCAAUAG